UCAGUAAGACUAUGGAGGAGCUAGUUCACGAUCUGGUCUCAGCACUGGAGGAAAGUUCAGAACAAGCCAGAGGAGGUUUUGCUGAUACUGGAGAUCAUUCUCGUAGCGUGUCUUGUCUUCUAAAACGUCAGGCAAGAAAAAGGAGGGGGCGGAAAAGACGUUCGUUUACCGCUCAUCAUCCUUGGGAAACUGGUCACUGUUUAAGUGAAGGUUCUGAUUCCAGUCCAGAAGAACUGAGUAAAGACUACAGAGAGAAUCAUGCUAAUAAGAAAGACCACAGUGACUCUGAUGACCAGCUGUUGGUCGCUAAACGGAGGCCUUCUUCAAACUUAAAUAAUGUUAGAGGCAAAAGACCUCUAUGGCAUGAAUCGGAUCUGGCUAUGGACAGUUUAGGAAACAGAACCUUGCGUAGGAGAAGAAAGGUGAAACGCAUGGCAAUAGAUCCACCACCAGAAGUUUCAAGUACGCUGACAUUGACCCAGCAGCAGGAUAACAUCAGGGAUCAGGAAAUGGACAGUGACAACAGAUUUUACCAACAUCAAGAGUUUGCCAAGAGCAAAGUGAAAAAAAGAAAAAUAGCUGCAACUAGACAAGGACCAGAAAUCUUGGAUGAAGGAGUGGUCAUAGAAAAUGAAGAAGUGAACCAGGCAAAUAAAGAAAAAAUGGAGUAUGAAGAACAAAAGGGCUCAGAUGAGAACAUGAGUGACAGUGAAUCCAGUAGCCUGAGCAGCAGUGAUGCUGGUUUGUUUACCAAUGAUGAGGGAAGACAAGGUGAUGAUGAGCAAAGUGACUGGUUUCAUGAAAAUGAAUCUGGCGGCGCAUGUGGAAUCACAGGAAUCAGUUCUUGGUGGGAACAGGAGGACUCUGCAGAAUUGGAAAAAGAAUUACCCGAUCCAGUCUUUGAAAGUAUCUUAACUGGUGCUUUUCCUCUUAUGUCCCAUUCAGGGAGAAGAGGUUUCCAGAAUAGACUUAAUCAUCUUCGUGGAAUGCCAGCAAGGAACAUCAAAAAGGCUUCGGGAAACCAGGCAGCAUUGAUUACUGCUCCGGGCCCAGGCAGUAACAAAAAAGCAGUGCAUUUAUCCCAGGAUUCUCAUCACCAUGACCAUUGGUUUAGCCCUGGGGCUAGGAAGGAACAUAGCCAGCACCUGCGGGAUAACCGAUCAGAGAGAGGACACAAGAAGAACAGCUCAGUAAAAACAGCUAGCAGACAAACAAGCUUACACUUAGGAUCAUUGUGUAUGGGAGAUGUCAAACGGAGAAGGAAAGCUGCACCCCUGCCAGGACCCACAGCAGAGAAUUCCUACCUCAGCUCAUCAAACCAGUGUCUGAGCAGCAGAGUUAACAUCUUAUAUCAGUUAAACUGAGCCACAACCUGGAAUGCCACCCAUCAACCCAAUAUGAUUGACAUGAUCACUGAAGACAGCCUGCAAUCUUUAUCAUGCUAAAAUUAUUAGAUACCAUACAAUUAAGACAUUUUUAAAUAAAAAAUAUGAGCAAUUAUAAUAAACAUUUAAUGUGAAUAUUCUGAAAAAUUUGCAUUGUAAACCUUUUAAAAAAAUAUUGAUUGAAGGUCUUUGCUGUCUUUUAAACUACUAUAAUACCUAUAAAACAGAUUUUAAAGGAGGGGUAGCAGUAUUUGCAUCUGAUACCAAAAAUAUAGCCAUAUAAUAUAAAUAUACAUACUUUAAUCAAAAUAAUCAAAAUAGAUCUGAUUUUCGCAUGUAUGUAAUAUAAAAUUGUUUUGGACAUUUACAUUUCUAAAUG